AUGUCUGUUGCUCCUAGACAUUUACGGUUGCCAAUGCUGCCUUCUAUCAAAGACAUUCUGCGUAUGUACGAGAUCAAGGCGCGACGACAGCUGUCCCAGAAUUUCCUGUUGGACAUGAACCUUACCCGAAAGAUUGUCAGUUUUUUGAAUAUCACCGAAACUUCUCGUGUGUGUGAGGUCGGACCCGGUCCGGGCGGAAUUACCAGAGCGAUUCUGGAACGGUUUCCACAAAAACUGGAAGUAGUGGAGAAAGAUGCUCGGUUUCUGCCAAGUUUGGAGUUGCUGGCCGACGCUAGUCAAGGUCUACUGACUGUAACCGUAGGGGACAUUCGCAACCACGACUUCAGCAGCAUAUUCCCGUUGUCAACCUAUAGGUCUUGGGACGAAGAACCGCCGGACACGUUUGUUGUCGGAAACUUGCCGUUCAACGUGUCGACCUAUUUGAUUACCAGGUGGUUUCGAGCAAUGUGUCUGAGGGAAGGGCCGUUCAUCUGCGGUCGUACCAAUUUGGUGCUCACUUUCCAGAAGGAGGUAGGCGAGCGUUUGGUGGCGCCGAUCCUCCAUGCGCAGCGGUGCCGUCUGUCCGUCGUGUGCCAGGCCUUUUGCGAACCGACGUUUAAGUUUACUAUUCCGGGUAGAACUUUUUUUGUUUACUGUAAAAAAUGCGUGCAUUAAAU